AUGGCUUCAAUUCCUGCCGACCGACCGGAUUCUUCACGUCUAGCGCCGGAGAGCGCUACGGCCGCCGUUACGUCACCUAAACACCAAGCCGUAUAUUCCUCCUCGUCCUCGAACCUAGCCGUAUCCGAUUCCCCCUCGCAUUACUCGUCCUUCUCCAGCUCCGACAGCGAUGAUCCGAUCCCGCACUCCACCGAGGUUACCGAUGAAGAUGCCGCCGGCGACGUGGUGGGCGUCAGCAUUGGGCGCGAACAGAGCCGCAUGAAAGCCCGCGCAACACCCCUCGAAGAGAAAAACCGUGUCUUGGAACAUUACGGUGGAUAUUUCGAGUCAAUCCCAGACUCGGUCGGCGAGGACGGUCUGUUCGUGUCCGAGCUCACAGCCGAGCCCGAGUCGGAGGACCCGGAGGAGCCGAAGAAACACCAACCGCGUGAAGGAACAUAUGGCGAAAAGGAGCAGGCCACCUACCCCUUUGUGCAGCAUAAACCACCGGAGCAGCAUCUUGCACAUGGCCCACGAAGCGAUCUGUUUGCCUCGGCUUCCGAGAAGCCUCCGUCGAAAGAUACGGCACUCAGCCAGCGGUCGGGGUUCGUUGGAUCCUUGUUAAAGAACACCCUGCCUCGCAGACCACGCGCCUGGUCUGGUGAGUUGAAAAGAUUCUUGCCCGAUUUCGCAUCUAUAAGAAAGCGCCCGUCACUAUCGUUCCGGAACCCCAAUAGCCAAAACCGAACCCGCAGUCAGACUGUUGCUCCCGCAGCGAAACAGAAUUCAGGGAUUCCAAAGCGAACCUCAUCUCUAGUGGUCCGGCGUCCCCCGCAGUCACCCCUUGCGCCGGAUAGCUUCAGUAAUGACGAUGACGAGUCGGCUCAGCCAAUCCCAGAAUUGCGGGCCCCCGAUGGGACCUCGGCUGCGAAGCAUUCUUUCGCGAGGCGACCAAGCUCGGCGAUGCCCGGUCGGCCUCCAAGUCUGCGUAGAUCCUCAUCAGAUCAAUCGUUGUAUUUGCGUGCAUCUUCCACGGCAUCUUCCCUUGAGCAGCGUCCCCUGUAUGAAAACGUGCAUGCUCAGGUCAACAGCCGCUUCAAGGCUAUCAAGGAUAGUCUCCAAGAUUCCAGUAGUAGGCUACUGAGUAUGCCCACUUUGCAUCUGCAGGAUAUGCGUCCGGACUGGGGAUCUCGACCGUUCUUGCCUGAGAUUGGAAGUAACUCGAGCAAUGGGAAUCUCAACGGAACUGACAGGGGCUUACCGUCACAACGGACUGCUAGUCCACCUCCUCCACGGGCCAACCCUGAUCCAGCACACCCUAUUUUGGAGGAAGCCAUGGCAGAACUCACCGGAGAUGUCGUGAUUCUUGGAGGAUAUCGCGGGUCUAUUCUGCGAUCCGCAAAACCACCCCAACGACAGCUUUGGGUGCCGAUGAAAGUUGGACUCAAUCUUCGUAAGGUGGAUUUGGAAGUCGGGUUAAACCCAGAAGAUGAGGAGCGCAUGGAAGAGACUAUCAUCCCCUCGGGUGUUCUCUCUCAUGUCGGUCCCGUCGACGUCUGUCGGCGCUUGAUGAAGCGGCUCCGCAAGAGCGACAAUGCCAUGCGAGGUGAUCUGCGUGUUCACGAUUAUGGAUACGACUGGCGUCUCAGCCCUGAACUGCUUUCCCGCCGGCUGAUUGCCUUCCUCGAGAAACUUCCUUGCAACCAGCAGUCGACGCCCGGGGAGCCUAGACGCGGCGCAACCGUCAUCGCACACAGCCUGGGCGGUCUUAUCACGCGGCACGCAGUGAACGAGCGGCCCGACCUCUUCGCCGGAGUCGUGUAUGCAGGUGUCCCGCAACACUGUGUGAACAUCCUCGGGCCUCUCCGCAACGGCGACGACGUCCUCCUCAGCUCGCGCGUCCUGACAGCACAAGUCAACUUCACCUUCCGCACGAGUUUCGCCCUCCUCCCAGAAGACGGCCACUGCUUCAUAGAUAAACAAAGCAAAAAGGAAUUCCGCGUUGACUUCUUCAAUGCUCAGACCUGGGACGAUCACCAUCUCUCACCCUGCGUCAAACCAGCCCUGCCCGUCCCAACAACCGUCAACAACGGACUGGGUCUGAAAGACAUCCCCAUCAUCGGCAAGCGUUUCUCCAUGCCCCUGCCACCAGACACAAACGACUCAGACAAUUACGAACCCCCACAUCCCACCAUAGAAACAGACAAGGACAUCACAGCCCGCAACCCCCAACACAACCCACACAGCGUCCCCAACCCAGCAGCCUAUGCCGCCUACGCCGCCGAGAAAGCCCAGAACCCCGCUGACGGCAUCGUGGGCCCUCAAGCACACCCCCGCGGCAGCGCAGGUACCAGCAAAAUCGCAACAACGUGCACGAUCCCGCGCGCCGCCGCAAUGGAGUAUCUCCAACGCACGCUGACAGAAACCAAGCGAUUCAAAUCAAAUCUUGCGUUCCGACCAACACAUCACUCCGAGAACAAGUACCCGCCUGCAGCGGUGCUAUAUGGCAAGUCCGUGCCGACUGUCUAUGGUGCGCGCGUCGUCUCAGCCGAAAGUAUCAAACAGGUUGAUGCGUAUGACGAUCUUGCGUUCGCGGCUGGCGAUGGUGUUUGUCUUGCUAGUGCUGCGAUGUUGCCGCCUGGGUAUCGGAUUAUCAAGGAUGGGUUGGUGAAGAGUGAUCGUGGGCAUGUUGGGUUGCUUGGUGAUCUGGAGGGAGUUGGGCAAUGUCUGAAGGCUAUUCAUCGGGGGAGGAAGGAGGGGGUUGGUCUUGGUGAGAAGGAGUUGUGA